AUGGGGAAUGUGUACGAAGUUAAUCGGAUAUGGAAGAAAACAAAGGAUGGCUUUCGCAAGAUGAAUGAUGAAGAGUACAUUUGCAUGAUAUCAUCACUAGUGAAUCUUGGAAACUUUACUGGAGUUGAGAAUCUCUAUAGGGAGUGGGAAUCUGUUUCUGGUACCAAUGUUGUUAGAGUUUCAAACUUGCUUCUUACUUCAUAUGUUGGCCAAGGCCAGAUGGAAAUGGUUGCAAAUUUUUGUAAUCAGUUAGUGGAAAAGGGUGUCCGUCUUUCUUACACGACGUGGGAGCUACUUACAAGGGGGUAUUUGAAAAAGAGCAAUGUAAAAAAUUUCUGUAUUAUUUUCAGAAAGCCGUAUCUAGUGUGA